AUGGGUCGCGUUAUCCGUAACCAGAGAAGAGGUCGUGGCUCGAUCUUCACGGCCAACACCCGCCUGAACAAGGCCCCCGCGAAGUUCCGCAACCUCGACUAUGCCGAGAGACACGGAUACCUUCGUGGUAUCGUGAAGGACAUCAUCCACGACCCCGGCCGUGGCGCUCCUCUCGCCCAGGUCGUCUUCCGCGACCCCUACAAGUUCAAGCAGCACACCGAGACCUUCAUCGCCAACGAGGGCAUGUACACCGGCCAGUUCAUCUACGCUGGCAAGAAGGCCGCCCUGACCGUCGGCAACGUUCUUCCCCUCGGCUCCAUGCCUGAGGGUACCGUCGUCUCCAACGUCGAGACCAAGAUCGGUGACCGUGGCACUCUCGGCCGCACUUCCGGCAACUACAUCACCAUUGUCGGCCACAACCCCGAUGAGGGCAAGACCCGCAUCAAGCUUCCCUCCGGCGCCAAGAAGGUUGUCCACUCCGAGGCCCGCGGCAUGAUCGGCAUUGUUGCCGGUGGUGGCCGUACCGACAAGCCCCUCCUGAAGGCUUCUCGCGCCAAGCACAAAUUCGCCGUCAAGCGUGGUGCCAACUGGCCCAGAACUCGUGGUGUUGCCAUGAACCCCGUCGACCAUCCCCACGGUGGUGGUAACCACCAGCAUAUCGGUAAGGCCUCGACCAUCUCCCGCUACGCCGUCCAGGGACAAAAGGCCGGUCUUAUUGCUGCGAGACGGACGGGUCUGCUCCGUGGUACCCAGAAGGUCAAGGAAUAA